CUUGAACCAGAGCGUGUUUCCCUUCUCACACCGCACCAAACAACUCUACCGCCACCUUUCUCCUCCUCCUCCUCCCACCUUGCUCUAUCCUGCGCACCCCCCUGCCCCCUCCGUGUAUCCUGCGCACCCCCUGGUCCUCAGCUAUGGCGAAAGACGGCGGUUCCAUCUCGGACGGCCUCCUGAGGAAGAUCCUCCUUUCGUACGCCUACGUAGGCCUCUGGAUCUUCCUCAGCUUCACCGUCAUUGUCUACAACAAGUAUAUCCUGGACCCCAAAAUGUACAAUUGGCCUUUCCCCAUUUCCCUAACCCUCAUCCACAUGGCCUUCUGCUCCUCCAUCGCCUUCUUCCUCAUCCGCAUCCUCAAGGUUGUGGAGCCCGUCUCAAUGUCUCGUCAGCUCUACAUCUCCUCCGUCGUCCCCAUCGGCGCUCUCUACUCCCUUAGCCUCUGGCUCUCCAAUUCCGCCUACAUUUACCUCUCCGUCUCCUUCAUCCAAAUGCUCAAAGCCCUCAUGCCCGUCGCCGUCUACACCAUCGGCGUCGUCUUCAAGAAAGAGGCUUUCAAGUCCGACACCAUGUGUAACAUGCUCUCCAUCUCUCUCGGCGUCGCCGUUGCCGCCUACGGCGAGGCCCGAUUUGAUUCCUGGGGGGUUUGUCUUCAGCUGGGUGCGGUUGCCUUUGAGGCGACUCGGUUGGUCUUGAUCCAGAUUUUGUUGACCAGCAAGGGCAUUUCGCUCAACCCCAUCACUUCUCUCUACUACGUUGCACCUUGUUGUUUGGUGUUUUUGUUGGUGCCCUGGAUUUUCGUGGAGUUGCCCAUAUUGAAGAACAAUUCGAGUUUUCAAUUUGAUUUUGUGAUAUUCGGUACCAAUUCCUUCUGCGCAUUUGCCUUGAAUUUGGCUGUAUUUUUGCUUGUGGGGAAGACAUCGGCAUUGACGAUGAAUGUGGCCGGAGUGGUGAAGGAUUGGCUGUUGAUUGCUUUUUCUUGGUCGGUGAUAAAGGACACGGUGACGCCGAUCAAUUUGUUUGGAUACGGUUUGGCAUUUUUGGGAGUUGGGUAUUACAAUCAUUCAAAAUUGCAGGCAUUGAAGUCGAAGGAGGCUCAGAAGAAGACCACCCAGACAGAUGAGGAAGCCGGGAGGUUGUUGGAGGACAGGGAAGGGGAAGCGGCUGGGAAGAAGAGCGAUUCUGAGGCGUAAUUGCAUAGCUAAUUUAGAAGAAAAGUCGGAGAAAAUAAAAUCCAAGGGACUGAAAGGAAUUGGAAUUAGAGGCGAAAGAAAUCAUGGGUUUCGCCUUUUUUUUAAGAUCUUCGGAUGAAUGUGGGUUCAUUCGGUAUGUGAUUUAGUCUAUCCAUUUCCUGUGUUAAUUGUGGCUGUUUCUUCGUGAUAUUAGGAAUUCAGGAUUCCCAUUUGCAUGAGAUGCUUGUAGCCAAUUUGUGUAUUUUAGUAGAGAUGGAAUCUUGAAUACCCUGUACUUUUUUUUUUUCAGAUUUAUCUUUCUCUCGUCUUUGUAGGAAUUCCUUCUGAUGCACUUUUAGUGCAUAUUCAAAUAUUUUUAUUUACUUGUUCAAA